AUGCAAGGAAUGUUAAUUGGUUCAAGGAAGGAUUUGUUGACUAUGUCACUAACACCGCCAGAAGUCGUUCCUACAACAAGGAAAUUACAAUCAGCUCUUGUCAAGAUUAUGAUGCUCUUGGAGGGGUACCUCCUAUUACAAUUGAAAUGGGAAGACAUGUAUCUUACCCAAUUGAAAGAAUCAAAGAAGAAGAAGAAACAUUAUUCUACAACUCAGCCAAAAUUGGACAGAUAG